CACCUGUUUCCUUGGUAGCUGCUGGGUCAAAAAGCAGAAGUUCAUCAGCUGAUCGGCCUGUGCACCUUCAGACUCCGAAAGGAAGUCGAGCCAAGUCAGAGCAGAGAACGCGGCGUGACGGGCAGAGGGGAAGGUCAUCAGUGGAGAGCGACAACGCGCACAGAGAGCAAUAGUGGGUAAAAAAAAACAAUCAGGGAUGCGCAAUUGACAUGAACGUUCGAUAAAAACCUGCGACUCAUAGGCUUUAGAGAAGAAGUGCAAGAGGACCCCCAAGGGAAGGAAGCCAAGUUCACCUAUAGUGCAUCUGGAGAAGAUGUCACCAGAGGGACCCUCAUAGCUGGAAAACGACUUUAACUCAUCUCUUACAACCAAUCCUCUCCUCUGACUGAUUGACAGCCACCUGGUCCAAUCACUACUCACUUCCCCACAUCCCCUCCAAUCACCAACUCCCCCCCACACUUCCGGUGCAAUGGCAUCCUACAGCCCCACCCCCACACAAGAGCCCGCCACCAACGGCGGGUCGACCUCGCUCAAGUCGGGCGGCUCAGGGGGCGACAACGAUUCCAUGAAGCUGAAGAAGGAGAUCUCUCUCCUGAACGGCGUGUGUCUCAUCGUGGGCAACAUGAUCGGCUCGGGCAUCUUCGUCUCGCCUAAAGGAGUCUUAAUCUACAGCGCCUCCUAUGGGCUGUCGCUGGUAGUGUGGACCAUCGGCGGUAUCUUCUCUGUGUUUGGGGCCCUGUGCUACGCCGAGCUGGGGACCACCAUCACCAAGUCAGGGGCCAGUUACGCUUACAUCCUGGAGGCCUUCGGAGGGUUCCUGGCCUUCAUCAGGCUGUGGACCUCCCUGUUGAUCAUAGAGCCCACCAGCCAGGCGGUCAUAGCCAUCACCUUCUCUAACUACAUGGUGCAGCCCGUCUUCCCCACCUGCAUAGCCCCCUAUCUGGCUAACCGCAUGCUGGCUGCAGCCUGCAUAUGUUUGCUGACCUUUGUGAACUGUGCCUAUGUGAAGUGGGGGACGCGUGUCCAGGAUUUCUUCACCUACGCUAAGGUCAUCGCCCUCAUCGCUGUCAUCAUCACUGGCCUGGUCAAGAUAGGACAAGGUCAGACGCAGAACUUUGAGGGUAUGUUUGAGGGCUCGUCCACGGAUCCAGGAGACAUAGCCCUGGCCCUGUACUCUGCUCUGUUCUCCUACUCCGGCUGGGACACACUCAACUUCGUCACAGAGGAGAUCAAAAACCCAGAGAGGAACCUGCCCCUGGCCAUCGCCAUCUCCAUGCCCAUCGUCACGGUGAUCUAUAUUCUGACCAACGUUGCCUACUACACCGUGCUGCCCAUUCCUGCCAUCCUGGACAGUGACGCCGUGGCUGUGACGUUUGCAGACCAGGUGUUUGGCGUGAUGAACUGGACCAUCCCUCUAGCGGUGGCUCUGUCCUGCUUCGGAGGACUCAACGCUUCUAUCCUGGCUGCCUCCAGGCUGUUCUUCGUGGGCUCCAGGGAGGGCCAUCUCCCAGACUACCUGUGCAUGAUCCACGUCACCCGUUACACCCCUAUCCCAGCGCUGCUCUUCAACGGUGCCAUGGCGUUGGUCUACCUGUGUGUAGAGGACAUCUUUAAACUGAUCAACUACUACAGCUUCAGCUACUGGUUCUUUGUGGGCCUGUCUAUCCUGGGACAGCUGUACCUGCGCUGGAAACAGCCAGACAGAGUCAGACCCCUCAAGCUCAGUCUGUUCUUCCCGAUCAUCUUCUGUUUCUGCACCUUGUUCCUAGUGGUGGUUCCCAUCUACAGUGACACCAUGAACUCUCUGAUUGGCAUUGGCAUCGCCCUAUCAGGAGUGCCAGUCUACUUCCUGUGUAUCUAUACUCCCGCCACCAAAAGGCCCAUGUGGCUCCGCAGGUUCUUUGCCAACUUUGGUCUGUUGAUUCAGAAGGUGUGCUAUUCUGUUGUGACCGAGUUAGACGUCAUAGACAAGUUGGAGUGAAGAUAUUAAAACCAACCAACACACUGCUGCCGCCGGCAACUGAAAACGCACAAAACUAAAGGCUCAACGACACCACCUACUGGCCAGUAUUGCCCUCGGCUACCAAUCAGAGGGCGGAGUCAAACAGCAGCCAUUCAUUGGACCAAAUCUCUGGCCAACCAAUCAUUGCCGUAUGUUCAUUGGACUAUGGGGUUGUUCUACGGCCAGGAUGGCACUCCAGUUGCCUCUGACAUCAGAGGACAUUCCACGCACUACAGAAGAAUUCAAAAUAAAAUAUUCCUGUUCUCAAAUAUGUUUAUACUCGAAUACGGAUAUUUAUAAUCUCUGAUGGGCUUCCUGUGUCAACGCAGCCCAAUAUGGACCUUUUUAAAAAUCGCUAAUUGGCCUGAGUAAUCAGCUCUGAAAAAGAACUGAUGUAGAAAGAUCUGUGAUAGGUCAAAAGACCAAUUAGUGAGAAAAAAAAAAUCUGAAUUGGGCUGCCUGAGUAACCAGCCCAAGUGGCAUAAGUCACUACUGAUACCUCUGAAGUCAUACCAAUAAGAAACAAGAGAGAUACUGAAGACAUAUGUAAGAAAGUAAUAAUUACUGAGGGUUAGUUUGUUGUAUGUGGUUAGGAGAGAAUAGUGGUAGCUCUAGCCACAAUUAUUUUUGGAAAAUGUUAUAUUUGUCCUAUGUCCAUCCUACCUGCAGCUUUUAAGAUUUGUUUUGAAGCAAAGGGAUAUAUUUUUUAAUCAAUCUAUUAAGAAUAAUCUGUAGUCAACAUGUGAAUUUAAACAAAGGGACGUGGAGGGGGUUGGUUGAGUUGAUAAAUGGUAAAUAGUUUAGAAUGUAUUUAUAAUAAAUUACUAACGGACAUUUUAAAAUGACUUGAUUCUGUCAAUUCCCACCAUGGAUAUGUACAAUAGAAAUACUAGUUGUAACAAUUAUCCUUGCCGUCAUUCCAAUGGAUAUAAUGAACAACACCGAUUUCAUGUUUUCAAAUAACAAUCCAGGUUAUCAUAAUGUAAACAGACAUUAUAAGGCAACAGAAGUUAGCUCUUUAUUUAGAAUAUUACAUUUAUAAACGAUAAACCCUCUACCAAUCCCCCGCAAUAAAUAUGUACACAUGA